UCAUGGCUAGAACUUGUUCGUGUGGUUCGGCCACAAGACAGAGUUCCCAUUCAACUGCCCUCUCUUGAAGUACUGUCGGAGCAUGAAGGGGACAGAGAUCAAGGUGAUAUUAAAGACAAUGAAAGCAGCUCAUCCAUUAUCUUUGCUGAACUCACCUCAGAAAAAGAGAAACCUUUUGGUGAAUCUGACAUUAAAAACGAGAAUAACAACUUGGUGAGCCGCACUGCUGAUUUAGUGAUCAGGAACAGCAGUGAAUUUGAAUCGUCCAUUGAGCUCCAAGAAAAUGACUCGACCGAUUUGUCUAUCAGACCAGUUGUCAAGCAUCAGCUGCCACUGGGGCAUAGCUCAGACUUGGAAGGGAAUUCUACAUCCACGGAUGAGUCCUCUGAAGGCAAUUUGAACCUGCUGGAGCAGACAGAGGUUCGGUACCACCUGAUGCUGCACAUCCAGUUGCAGCUGUGUGAGCUGUCCCUGCGGGACUGGAUAGCCGAGAGGAACAAGCGGAGCCGGGAGUAUGUGGAUGAAGCUGCCUGUCCCUCCGUCAUGGCCAGUGUUGCAACAAAAAUAUUUCAAGAAUUGGUGGAAGGUGUCUUUUACAUGCAUAACAUGGGCAUUGUCCACAGAGAUCUGAAGCCUAGAAAUAUUUUUCUUCAUGGCCCUGAUCACCAAGUAAAAAUAGGAGACUUUGGUCUGGCCUGUGCAGACAUCAUACAGAAGAGCUCAGGCUGGACCAGCAGAAAUGGAAAGGGAAUGCCGACACAUACGUCCAGAGUGGGGACCUGUCUGUAUGCGUCACCCGAACAGUUGGAAGGAUCCGAGUAUGAUGCCAAGUCAGAUAUGUAUAGCCUGGGUGUGAUCCUGCUCGAGCUCUUUCAGCCAUUCGGGACAGGAAUGGAGCGAGUAACAGUCUUAACAGGCAUAAGGACUGGUCGGAUACCCGAAUCCCUUAGUAAGAGGUGUCCGGUACAAGCCAAGUAUAUCCAGCUCCUAACUGGGAGGAAUGCAUCACAGAGACCGUCUGCUCUUCAGCUGCUGCAGAGUGAACUUUUCCAGACAACUGGAAAUGUUAAUCUCACAUUGCAGAUGAAGAUAAUAGAGCAAGAGAAGGAAAUUGAAGAACUAAAGAGGCAACUCAGCCUCCUUUCCCAGGACAAAGGGCUGAAGGGAUGAGAGGGAAAGUGGGGCCUAGCUGUAUAGCCUGAAUUAUGCUGCCCACCAUGGGAAAGUGGACUUACACUCUUUGGGAGGCAUCCAGGCAGUGGGACCAAGACCUGUCCUC